CACCCACACGCACCGCCCACAGCAGCAAUGCUCUCAAACUUCCCUUCCAGAGGCCUCCCUCUCUCGCAGAACACCUCCUCCUCUCCGCUUCUCUCCAAGUCGUCCUCCAGACUUUCAUCCGCCCAGCGUCCUAAACGCCAGAAGCAGCUUCUCGGAUCCAGCGGUCCCCGCAAACUCACCCUCGCGUCCUCGACCACCGACUUCUUUCCCAAUUCCGAUUCUCUAUCAGAAAAAUACUUCAACUCCACCUGGCUCGCACUCAACUCCGCCCUCGACAAUGUCUUCCACGACCAACCCAUCUCGGAUUCCUUCGAGGCUCUCUAUCGCGGCGUCGAGAAUCUAUGCCGCGUAGACAAAAGCCGCAGUCUCUGGGAGAACCUCAAGAUGCGCAUGACGAAUCACAUUGCAUUCGACUUUGUCAAACAGAGCUUAGAGCCGGCCGUCAAGUCGUCGGACUCGGCAGAUAUGGUCAAGCUCGUGGUCGAUAAGUGGCUCAAGUGGACCGCUCAGCUCAAAAUCGUCCAAAACAUGUUUUUCUACCUCGAUCGCAGUUACCUCCUCUCCUCACCCAAUGAUCUCUCCAUCAUUGAGACGGGCUACAGCUUGUUCCGCAAGCACAUAAUCAUCGACGGCGAGAUUGGUGAACCCUUCUUCGCCAGCCUUAUGUCCUACUUUGAACUGCACCGCUCUCAUAAGCUCGAAGACACCAAACUGAUCGCUCUCGCCAUUGAUAUGAUUUUCAAACUCGACGUCUAUCUAGCCAAUUUCCACGUCCGCUUUCUUCACUCCACCCGCGCUCACUACCAUGACCUCUCCGAAGCCAAUAUCGAAUCGAUGCCCAUCCCCGACUAUCUCAAACUUACAAUGUCGGCCCUUGACUUCGAAUCCGACCAGGCUACAACUUUCUCCUUCCAGAGUACUACCCGCGUCGAUACCGUCGCCGUAGUCAAGGAAGAGAUGAUCAAAUCCAAAGUCGACAUCAUCAUCAGCCGCGGCUUUGACGACCUCGUGGACGCUGAAGACACUCAAAGCCUGGAAUACAUGUACCAACUCUUCACCCAGGUCAAAGAAUCCAAAGCCUUGCUUACCGCUUUUGGAGAAUACACCAAACGCGAAGGCCUCAAACUCGUCAUGGAUCCCGCCAAAGACGCAAUCAUGGUCGCCUCCCUGCUCGCGUUCAAGGCCAAGCUCGACCGCAUCCUCGCAGCCUCGUUUGCCAAAGACGAUGACUUUAGCAACGCCAUGCGUGAAGGCUUUGCCGACUUUAUCAACAAGCGUCAGUCCGUACCUGCUGAGAUGAUUGCAAAGUACGUCGACGAGCUCCUGCGCGCUGGUAACAAGCAGAUGGACGACAAAGAGCUCGAGACGCGCAUGUGGGGCGUCCUCAUCCUCUUCCGCUUCAUCGAGGGUAAAGAUGUCUUCGAAGCCUUCUACAAGCGCGAUCUCGCCAAACGUCUUCUGCUCAACCGCUCUGCGAGCGACGACGCCGAGCGCAAUAUGCUUACCUUGCUCAAAGACGAGUGCGGUACCUCCUUCACCCAGAAACUCGAGGGCAUGUUCCGCGACACCGAGAUCUCGCGCGACUUUAUGGCAUCCUUCAAAAACUCAAAGUACUCGACCGCAAAAGAAACCGGCAUCGAUCUCUACGUCAACGCGCUCUCGCAAGCCUUCUGGCCUUACUACCCCGACACCACCCUCGUCCUGCCCCCGGAGAUGAACACCGCUCUAGAGUCCUUCCAGCAGUUUUACUUCUCAAAGCAGACCGGACGCAAGAUCUCCUGGCGCCAUGUCCUCGGCCACUGCGUCGUCAAAGCGCAGUUCCCAAAGGGCAAGAAAGAGCUCAGCAUGAGUCUUUUCCAGACCGUCGUGCUCUUGCUCUUCAACGACGUCGACGAUGGGAAAUCGCUUACCUACGAGCAAAUCAAAACCGCCACCGAUCUCGACGACAAAAAUUUGACCCGCACGCUGCAAUCUCUAGCCUGCGGAAAAGUCCGCGUGCUGAGCAAGGAACCCCGCGGCAAAAACGUCAAUCCGGGCGACAAAUUCGCAGUCAACCUAAAGUUUGAAGAUAAAGCGUACCGUCUCCGCAUCAACCAGGUCCAACUCAAAGAAACCCCUGAGGAGAACAAGGAAGUGCACGAGAUGGUCAAGCGUGAUCGCGAGUACGAGAUCCAGGGUGUCAUCGUCCGCAUCAUGAAGACGAAGAAGACGGUCAAGCACGUCGAACUUAUCCGGCAAACGAUCGAGAUGACUAAGGAGAGAGGAACGCUUGAUCUGAGCGAUAUCAAGAAGAAUAUCGAGAAGCUGAUUAAUAAGGAUUAUAUGGAGAGACAGGGGGCGGAUACUUAUGUGUACCUUUCGUAAUCGUCUUGUAGUAUUGCAGAUGUUUACUUUUGUUCUAGUUCAGUUUGUUGAUCUUUCAGUUCACCUUGUUGAUUGAUUAGGAGUAGAGGAGUAUGAAUGUAUUUCAAAUAUACCGUCC